AUGUUUGCCGCCCGCCGUGUCGCUACCAACCUCCCCCGCGUUCGCGCGCAAGCUUCCCUCUUCCACAGCACUGCGCCCGCGUUCGUGCAGAAGGGCGACGCCAUUCCCGACCUGGACGUCCUGGUCGAGAACUCCCCCGGUAACAAGGUCAAUCUGGCUAAGGAGAUCAAGAACAAGGCUGUUAUCAUUGGCACUCCUGCUGCCUUCAGCCCUGCGUGCUCCAGUACCCAUGUCCCCGGCUUCAUUAACCACCCCAAGCUGAAGGAAGCUGGUCAAGCAUUUGUCAUCUCGGUUAAUGACCCCUUCGUGACCAAGGCUUGGGCCGAGUCCCUGGACCCCGAGGGCAAGAGCGGUGUUCGCUUCCUGGGUGACCCAUCCGGCAAGUUCACCGAAGCGCUCGAUCUUAGCUUUGACAGUACCGCCAUCUUCGGCAACAACCGCAGCAAGCGCUAUGUCCUGCUCGUCGAGGAUGGAAAGGUCAAGGAGGCUUUCGUCGAGCCUGACAAUACCGGUCUCAACGUUUCCGCUGCCGAGAAGGUGCUUGGUUAA